AUGUCUUCAAAUGAAUUACAAUUUGAUUGGGUUGCUACCUUCCUCACAGAUUUGUCAAAGGAUAUUGAUGCUGAGGUUGUUGGUGAAUAUAUUUGUGGCAUAAUAAAUGUUUCUCAUGGUUCGUCUGAAUCACAUUCUGAAAUAGCGGAGUUACUGUCAGCAUACCUUCCUCCUGAAAAAUCAAAGUAUGCUGCUACUGAGAUUAUAUCAAAAUAUGAUGAAAUCGUAUUGGGCAAAGACAAAGUUGAAGCAUCAUCGUCAUCUACAAACGAUAUUCAAUCUGUUGAAGAUCAGAUGCGUAAUUUAAUGCAAGCUGAUUGUAUGCGUAUUGUUGAAACUAAGAAAUCAAAUCAUUCUGAUCGAGAUCCAUACACUCAAGAAAUUUUACGUUCAACUGGUGUAUCUGCUUAUCAAAAGAAUUCAGAUGAAGAACGUGAAUUGGAAGUGGCAGUGGCUAAUUCGGAAUUUAUCAAUAAAAAUCGUUCAAAUUCAACUGUUGGUGCAUUGAUUCCUGGUUUCAGUUCAAAUGGAUUUGUUGAAGUUGGCAUCGGCGAUGAUGGUGAAGAUGAAUCUGACACUGAUUUGGAAGAUAUUGAAAGUUUCUGUGGAUAUGGAAAAAAGGAUGAUGUGAAACCUGGUACAGUUGAAGAUGCUCUGUCUAUCUUAACUUCACUCAACACAUCAUCACAGUCAUGUGGGCUGAGUAUAUCCAACACUUCUCAAAAUUCCAUCCUAGUCAAGGAGACAUCAUCUCCAUUAUCAUCAAUGAGCAUACGUAAUUUUCAUUCAUCACAUCUAGUCGAUAAACCAACUAGUCAGUCUCAGAGAAUCUCUUCAACACGUCAAAAACAGCCUAAAAAAUGCCCUCCUCCAUCCAAACAUAUUGCACGAAUUGGUGCACAAGCUGAGGCCAAACAGAAACAUAAUACUAAUUCGAAAGCUUCAAUCAUUUCAAGUUUAGAUGAUAUAGAUCCUAAGGUGUCUCGUUGUAAACGUGAAGAUAUGGAGGCAUUUUUAUUCACAGAUUCUGAUAUUCAUCCAGAAUCUAUUAAUGAAGAUAUUAUUCUACCUGAAGGUGGACGUAAUCGUGAACGUAUUAUAGAAAAUGAAGUGAAUUUUCGAAAAACAGCUUCUUUAAAUGCUGCUAAACAACGUCAAGAGAAUCUUGAACAACGUAAACAUCAAUUAGAAAAAAUGGAACAACGUCGUCAGAUAGCAAACAAAAAAGCUCAGAAAGUUGAAAGACGUAGAUUAUAA